GUCGCCGUGGUAACCAUGACGUGUCCCACCCUUUCGUCUCCGUCGCCCCCUGGCUCCCACCCCGGAAACAGUCGCUCGGAGCCGCUGCGCGCCCUGGGCUUUCUCUUUCCGGUUCACUCACGGCGACGUCCAGGCACGAUGGCGACGGCAGCAGCGACUCCUUCUCCAGCCCAGUCAGCGGCUCCGGCCCUUCCGCUCCAGCGAGGGAUCGUCAAGCUGGUGCUUUCAGGUGGUGCAAUUAUUGUUCGUGGCCAGCCAAGAGGAGGACCUCCGCCAGAACGGCAGAUUAACCUCAGUAACAUUCGUCCAGGUGCCUUAGCACGUCGUGUUGCUCCAAACCAGCCAGAGUCCAAGGAAACUCCCGAUGAGCCUUGGGCCUGGCCAGCUCGAGAGUUUCUCAGGAAGAAGCUGAUUGGAAAAGAGGUGUGUUUCACAGUGGAGUACAAGACUCCCCAGGGUCGUGAAUAUGGAAUGGUUUACCUGGGAAAAGAUACAACAGGCGAGAAUAUUGCGGAAUCAUUAUUAACUGAGGGAUUAGUUGCAGUUCGUAGAGAAGGCAUUCGAGGAACUAAUCCUGAGCAAGCCAGACUUUGUGAACUUGAAGAUCAAGCAAGAGCUGCGAAGAAAGGAAUGUGGGGCGAUGGAGGUGGUUCUCAUACUAUUCGUGAUCUUAAAUACACCAUAGAAAAUCCUCGCCAUUUUGUGGACUCCCAUCAUCAGAAACCAGUGAAUGCUGUAAUUGAGCAUGUGCGAGAUGGAAGUGUGGUGAGAGCUUUGUUGCUGCCUGACUACUACCUGGUGACAGUGAUGCUUUCUGGUGUGAAGUGCCCAACAUUCAAACGCGAAGCUGAUGGGACAGAAACACCAGAGCCAUUUGCAGCAGAAGCAAAGUUUUUUACAGAAUCGCGCCUUCUGCAGAGGGAUGUCCAGAUCAUCUUGGAGAGUGUGCAGAAUCAGGUCAUUCUGGGCACCAUUCUUCACCCGAAUGGUAAUAUCACAGAGUUGCUGCUUCGUGAAGGAUUUGCUCGCUGUGUUGACUGGUCAAUUGCGGUUUACACUCAAGGUCCUGAAAAACUUCGAGCUGCUGAAAGAUCUGCCAAAGAACGCAAACUUCGGAUCUGGAAAGAUUAUGUGGCUCCAACAGCUAAUAUGGACCAAAAGGACAAGCAUUUUGUGGCUAAGGUUAUGCAGAUUUUAAAUGCAGACGCCAUGGUGGCAAAGUUAAAUUCAGGCGAACAGAAGACUAUUCAUCUCUCCAGCAUCCGACCUCCGAGGCUUGAAGGAGAGGUCAACCAGGACCGAAAGAAACUGCGACCUCUCUAUGAUAUUCCUUACAUGUUCGAGGCCCGAGAAUUUCUACGGAAGAAGUUGAUUGGCAAAAAGGUUAAUGUAACAGUGGAUUACAUCAGGCAAGCCACCCCAGCUACGAAUGCCACCCCAGCAUUCCCUGAACGCACCUGUUCUACAGUUACUAUUGGCGGAAUUAACAUUGCAGAAGCCCUAGUGAGUAAAGGCCUUGCCACAGUUAUCCGUUAUCGACAAGAUGAUGAUCAACGAUCUUCUCACUAUGAUGAGCUGCUUGCUGCAGAGGCCAGAGCUAUUAAGAAUGCAAAAGGACUGCACAGUAAGAAGGAGGUGCCAAUCCAUCGUGUUGCUGAUAUCUCUGGGGAUACCCAGAAAGCCAAACAGUUCCUGCCAUUCUUACAGAGAGCGGGGCGUUCUGAAGCCGUCGUUGAGUAUGUUUUCAGUGGUUCCCGUCUAAAGCUCUACAUGCCUAAAGAGACCUGUUUGAUCACCUUUCUACUGGCAGGUAUUGAGUGCCCUCGUGGGUCCCGGAACACGCCUUCAGGAAUACAGGAAGGAGAACCAUUUAGUGAAGAUGCUACACAAUUCACUAAAGAGCUGGUACUGCAGCGUGAGGUGGAGGUAGAAGUGGAAAGCAUGGACAAAGCUGGCAACUUCAUUGGCUGGUUGCACAUAGAUGGGGUCAAUCUCUCUGUUGCCCUUGUGGAGCAUUCACUGUCAAAGGUCCACUUUACUGCAGAGCGGAGUUCCUACUACAAAGCCCUCCUGUCAGUUGAGGAGGCAGCUAAACUGAAGCGGGAAAAGGUCUGGUCAAAUUAUGAGGAGCAGCCAACAGAAGAAGCAGUGCUGCAAGUUGCAGAGGAGAAGGAGCGCACAACCAACUACAAGCCUGUUUUUGUCACUGAGAUUACAGAUGACCUUCACUUCUAUGUCCAAGAUGUUGAGACUGGUACUCAGCUGGAGAAAUUAAUGGAGAGCAUGAGGAGCGAGAUAGCAGCUCAUCCACCUUUAGAGGGCUCCUAUUCACCCCGCCGAGGAGACUACUGCAUUGCCAAGUUUAUCGAUGGAGAAUGGUACAGAGCCCGGGUGGAAAAGGUUGAGUCGCCUGCCAAAGUCCACAUCUUCUACAUUGACUAUGGCAACAGAGAGAACGUGGCAUCUUCUCGUCUAGGUGUUUUGCCGCCUGCCUUCAGCACAAGGAUCCUGCCGCCUCAGGCCACAGAAUAUUCUUUUGCAUAUAUCCAGGUGCCACAAGAUGAAGAUGCUAGAGCUGAUGCAAUUGACAGUGUCGUCAGGGACAUUCAAAACACUCAGUGCCUGCUGAACGUUGAAUUCGGGGGACCCACUUGCUCAUAUGUUACACUGCAGUUUUCCGAUACGAAGGAUGAUGUAGGUCUCGGACUAGUCAAGGAGGGGCUUGUGAUGGUGGAUGUGCGUAAAGAGAAACACUUGCAGAAAGUGGUUACGGAAUACCUGAAUGCCCAAGAAGCUGCCAAAUCUGCCAGGCUGAACCUCUGGCGCUAUGGCGACUUUCGAGCUGAUGACGCUGAUGAAUUUGGUUACAGACGCUGAAGAAUCUACAUGUGAAGAUGACAACAUACUGAUUUCCCCUCUGCCCUUUCUCUCUCUUACUGUGUCCCAACCCCCAACCAAUCCAUUGAAAGAGAGACUUGCUACUUUCUGUUUCCUCCUCUCAGGCAUUCAGAGUCUCAUUGCACUUGUCCUCUAUAUCUUCAAAUGAACAGUUGGCAGUGUUAGGGGCUGAGAUACUAAUCAUGAUUGGGUGGUGAUCUUAGUCUGUGAAAUGAACUGGAAACUAAUUCCCUGCUUUGACCUGAAAUUCUUUUUUUCUCCUUUAAGUUCCUUCUGAAUUGCAGAAUAAAUCAGCACUCUUCAUUUGGUGAUUUCUUUUUAUUCCUUUUUAUUUUGAAAAGUCUAAACUUUGAUAAAACAUUGGAAACUAAGUCAAUCUCAAAUGAAAUCCAGUUACACAAUAAGGUUGCUGACAACUGUUAUACCUGACGGCCCAAUGUUUGGCAGGUAAUUAAAGCAAGCCCUGUUCAAGGAAAAACUCAAGCAGAUGUUCCAGGUCAGGACAGAUGGAGUCUUAAAGGGGAAUUGCCUGUGAAACUUGUAAAUGUUUCUAAUUUUGCAAACCCUGCAUACUGCAUUGUGUAUUUGAUGUUUUUUUUUUAAUUUUAUCUGUUAUAUUUUAACAAAGGGGAAUUAUUUUCUUUCUGUAACUUUAUGUUGAGCCUGUUUAUAAUAGCAGGUUUAAGAUUUUGUUGCAUAUGGAGCUCCCCUCAUCCCAUCCCAAAAAUCAAUUAGCCUUGGACAGAAUGGGAAGUAGAGGCACCUGAGUUAAUCUUAUUCAUGUCUUAAAAAUAUUAGCCAAACUGCUAAGUGUUAGAAUCCUCCGUCUGCUCAAGCUUGAACCAUAUAUAAAUAUGAUACGUGGUGCCGACAGAGUCCUUUCUAAGGUACUUGCCCUGUCUGCUUAGCAAUCAGUUGCUUGUCUUGAGCAGAACAUGUGGGUACAAAUAGCUGAUGCAGUGUAAUGUACAUUAGGAAGCUGUGUUCCUCUCUCUCUUUCUCUUUGAUUUUUAUUUUGCUUGUGACUUGAUUGCAAGUAAUUAUCAUUUGUAACUCUAACUAGGUUUAUGAUUUCUCCUUCCUCCCCCGCUUCUUCCCUUACCUGAUGUUGUCCCUUGUCAUUAUAUUUAAUGCUUACAGUCUCAAUAAAAAUAGCAUUGGUAAUAUGGAA